AUGGUGGUAUGGACUACCACGAGUUUGUCUGUUGGCGAGGCCAAUGCGCUGAUCACGGCCGUAUCCAUGGUGGUGUGCUACUCCAUGUCGCUCAUGCUCGCUUCCGUGUCUCUCGAGAUCCGCCGUUUCAUGAUUGUCCGGGGCAAACAAGACGCGAUUAUUCAGGAUGAAGAUUUUAAAUCCAUGUGGGACGUGUUCAAAUCUUCCAAGACGAGGCGAUGGACCACCUUGGCCGUCCUGCCGGUGCUCUUGGGCGGUGCCGCUAGCAUGGUCAUUGACUUCACAACGUCUGGUGUCUCGGCUUCGAUCGGCCACACGGAAGGCGCAGAGGUGCCCGUCUUGGGGUUGGUGGGUAGUGACGUUAGGCACGAAUACAAGGUAAACCCUGUGGGAACCGGAUCGGAGCAAGGAGUCUACGUGUUCGGCAACAAAUACGACACCCCAGAAACGGUCGACAUUACUUUCUGCGUAGAAGUUUCUGAAAUUGAGGGCGACGCAUUUGCGAUCAGCGAGUGCAGGGAGGGGUUGAUCGUAGACAAGAGUGUGAAGUCCUUUUACGUUAAAUCCGUUAUCACGGGAGUGAUCGUUGACCUCCAAGAGUGUUCUGUCUUGUACGUCAGCAUCCCUCUGGGAAACCAAGGGGUCGGUAUUGUCGAGAGGGACUUCACGUUCGAGGACACUGAUGGUACAGAGGUGGCCGCGGCUGCUACAUGUUCUUCGAUUACCGAGUCCAUCAUCGAAUCCUGCGUUUGGGAGAGUGGUGGGAUUUUAUACUUCGGGGACUGGAACAUAGAGGGUGCCGGAGAGUGCGGGGAAGUGGAAUUCCCCCCAUUCAUGUCGAUUCUUGCCAUCGAUUACGGAGAAAGGGUGGAACAAGGAAACGACACCGCCGCACUACUCGCGGCCAUGACGGCGGAAAUAUUCGCAGGGACUGGGUUGUUGACGUCAAGGCAGCAGCUCGUCGACGUCCUCGGCGCGAUAGUCAGAUUAGAAAGCAUGGCGUGGGAUGUACAGACUGCCUACGAUCCCUUGAAUGUGGUGGAAAUCGGUAUAAGUGCGUGGGUGCCUGUUGUGCUGCUCCUUGCGCUAGUGCUGCCAGCCAUGGCGUGGGGAUUUGUCAAGUGGCACAUUCGCGGCAAAUAUUUCUUUUUGCCCGUGAGCCCGGCGGAGUGGAGCGCGUGCGCUGCUCGGGAGCUGAGCGAACUGGGCAAGGAUGGGUCCCGUUCGUCGGGGACCGCGAAACCACUGGACGAACACUACAGCAAAGUGUACGCCUUCGGAUCGGUAGUAGGUACGGACGAGGAGGGUGAAGGGUCACAACAGCGCUUGGGAUGGAUCAACAGGAACGCCGUCGCCCAGGCGGCUACUGGGAAACUCUCUCCAUUCCGGUAGACUAGUAGAAUAAUGCGCGAAGGCUGUUACGCAGACGUGAACGUUGGAGUAAAUUUAGGCAGGCCCAACCUUCGAGUGUUGGUCAGAUGCGCUGGAGGGUAGGAAAGAAGUGGCGGUGGUGGGAUCCUGUUGCCGCAGCUAAGCCAUUAGUCUAAUUUAGGUCCGGAUGCAAAGCUGGUGGUAGGCGGGUUGGGCUAUGUGCCGUUC